AUGUCCAUUCAAACUGAUAUUUCUACAAAAUUAAAAGUCGCUGUCCAUGGUUGCGUGCAUGGUUCAUUGAAAAGAAUUUAUGACCGUAUUGAAGAAUUAGCACCCAAUGAGAGACCAGAUUUAUUAUUAAUUUUGGGUGAUGUACAGACAAUACGAACAUCAAAGGACCUUUCAUCCAUUUCAAUCCCUGCAAAGUACAUGAAUCCUGUUAAUCAACAUCGAUACAAUAAUCAUCAAAACAGGCAUUUUAACCAAGAAAACUAUAACAAUAAAAGCAGAUAUAAUAAUAAGGGCAAUAUUAUUAGCAGAUACAAUGGCGGCGCCUCGACAAUUAUUGAUCAUAUAUCUGAUUUUCCUCAAUACUUCAAUGGUGUGUAUGAAGUCACAGUUCCAACAUUAAUUAUUGGUGGUAACCACGAAAAUAUGAGACAAUUCAUGGAACUACCAUACGGUGGGUAUUUAUUACCCAAUAUGGUUUAUUUAGGUUGGUCCCAAACCAUCUGGUUCAAAGGAAUAAAAAUUGGUGGAAUUAGUGGCAUCACCAAACUUUAUGAUUAUUACAAUAAAAGACCAGAAUACAACGAACAAGCACAAGAAGGAGGACAUAAGCAUAGUUCAUUUAAUGAAAAUUCGUGGUGGAAUCGCAAUAAAAAAAGCUUGUAUCAUGUAAGAUUUGAAAAUAUAAUUCCAUUGUAUAAUAGUGUUGUUAAAGAUGGUAACUCACCAUCAAUUAUGUUAUCACACGAUUGGCCCAGGUGCGUUGUUAGACAAGGUGAUUUGCAAGGAUUAUUGAAAAAAAAACCAUUUUUCAAAAAUGAGGUGGAACAAAAUAUAUUGGGAAGCCCGUUAUAUGAUAUAAUUUUGCGCAAGUAUAAACCUACUUGGUGGUUUAGUGCACAUUUGCAUGUAAAAUAUACAGCGGAAUAUAAACAUGGUUAUGAUACUGCCAUAUCUUGUUCAAGCAAGGACGAAAUUAAAUUGUUUGAUGAUGAAGAUAAACCCAAAAACGAAUGUCAAACCACACAUUUUCUAGCUUUGGAUAAAUAUCUUCCACGUAGAAAGGGCGAAAGUUUUGACAUGGUGGAAAUUGAAGUUGAAGAUGUGCAGCAUCCUUCAUUAAAUGACAACAAUUUUUAUUUUGAUCCUGAAUUUGUUGGAAACUUAUUAAAGGUUUAUACAAAUAAAGAUAUUAUUGAAGAUUUUAAAAAAAAAAUAAAAGAACAAUAUUUCAAUGAAAAUACGCAUGAUUUUGAACAAGAUUUACGUACUAUUUGCGACGUAAUCAACAAAAAAAGCGUUAAUAUUAAUGCUAAUAACGACGAUGUUGAUUGGGAGGAUUAUAAAUUCCCAGAGUGUACAGAAACAUGGUAUAAAGACGGGAUUCAGCAAACCAACUACUUUAUUGACAGGUAUUUUAAAAAGGAAGAAUAA